AUGACAAGCACCAACGAAUCCUCUAUUGAAACCCCAAAAUCCUCCAAUAUUGAAACUAUUGUGUUCAACAACCAUGGGGAAGACAUGACAAACUACUCAUCCGCACCCAUAACCAUCUAUAAACUCAAUGACAAAAACUAUAUCCAAUGGUCUCAAUCCUUUAUGUUUCAUGUCCGCAGUAAGGAAAAAGAAGAUUAUCUAAUUAGAAAUAUCACUAAACCGGAUGAAAAAGAUACCGAGUACGGGAUCCGGAAGAGAGAUAAUAGCCGAGGUUAUGUUUUGCCACAUAGAGGGAGAAGGCCAUGGUGUGAACAUUGUCACCGCCCCGGUCAUACGAAAGAAACCCGCUCGGACACUCCAUGGAAAACCAGUCGAUUGGAAGUCAAAAACAACGAGUAG